UGAAUUAAAAAAUCACUGCGCGGCAAACUGUAGAUGCAGACCAAUUGAGACAAAGGUUAAUAUGCGAUGUUCGAAGAUGUGGAUUUUUUAUUGUAUCUGCGCAUUUUACGGUAAAGAUAUCUGUCGUGAUGAAAAUUUAUAUUAAAAUUUACAAGGAAGUUGUAAAAAUUCUAAUAAUGUUUGCUUUAGUAAUGCUCACCAAUGGUACAUAUUACGUAUGUCCAUUAAAUGAUAUUUACGCAAGAAAAGGUAAUAAUUGCAUGUUGAAAAAUGCGCAGUUAAGAACAAAGGCAUGCAUAAUGGCUGUUAACGCAAAUAUCGAGCAUCUUUCUAAAAUUAAAAAAAAUUUAAACCAUAAUAUUCCUCGAGUAAAAUUACAAUCUAUAAAUCUUUGCAAGUAUAAAACACUUAGCCGACAAAAGCCUCGAAUAAUUAAAUCUGAGGUACUUAAAAAAGGCCAAAAAAUAAAAAUAAAAAAUAAAAGUAAAACUAAUCAGCAGGCGCAAGAAAAACUAAAGACUACAUCUGAAGAAUACAAUCUCUCUGACACUGUGAAUAAUGAUAGCUCGUCCACUGAUUUAUGUUUGAAUAUUCAAACAAGAAUAUUGGAAAAAUCUAAUACUCGAGAAACAUUAGAUACAUUGGUUGAGAGAUCAAAAACCAACACUGAUGAAGACAAUUAUAAGAUUCUUACAAAUGACUUUUCAAAUGCCGCAUUACAAACAGACACUGUAAUAAUGAUAUCUGGUCCACUGAUUUAUGUUUUGAAAAUAUUGAAACAAGAGUAUUGGAAAGAUCUGAUAAUCAAGAAACAUUAAACAUGUCGGUUGAGAAAUCAAGAACCAAUACUGAUGAAGAUAAUUAUAUGAUUCUUACAAAUGACUUCUCAAAAAGUACACUACAAAUAGGCAUAAUGAAAAACAAUAGCUCGUCCACUGAUUUAUGUGUUGAAGAUAUUGAAGCAAUAAUAUUGGAGAAAUCUGAUACUCAAGAAACAUUAAAUAUGUUGGUUGAGAAAUCAAGAAAAAAUACUGAUGAAGAUAAUUAUAUGAUUCUUACAAAUGACUUCUCAAAAAGCACACUACAAAUAGGCACUAUGAAAAACAAUAGCUCGUCCACUGAUUUAUGUGUUGAAGAUACUGAAACAAUAAUAUUGGAAAAAUCUGAUACUCAAGAAACAUUAAAUAUGUUGGUUGAGAAAUCAAGAAAAAAUACUGAUGGAGAUAAUUCUUCUGAAUAUAUUCCUUCGUCUACAAGCGAGUCAUCAAUUUACUCAGAUACAGAAAAUGAUAAUACAAAGAAUAAUAGGAAAAAUGUCUCUGUAAAUAAAACUAAUACGUCUAGUGGUUUAGACAUAUCUAAUCUACAUUUGUCAGGAACAAAAAUGUGUGAUGAUGCUGAAAUGUAUGUCACAGAAUCGUCAGGAAAACAAACACAUUCCAAAAAAAAUUGUUGUUAUUACUGCAAAAGCUACAAAGUAAGAUAGCACGUCACUUAGAAACUGUGCAUUCUAAUGAAAAAGAAGUUAAGAAAUUUAGUGUAUUACCUAAAGGAAACUACGAAAGAAAGAAAAUAAUAGAAACUCUUCGACGAAAUGGCAAUUUUCAGUUUAAUACUAAAAAAGAGAUAAACAAUGGAGAACUUAUCGUAUGUAGGCGACCAAACAAAGAAUGGCAUAGAACGGCUACUGAUUUUUUACCUUGUGGUAAGUGCAAAGGAUUUUUUUCAAAAACAUCUCUUCGACAUCAUUUUCGUCGUUGCACUGGACGUAAUAGCAAAACAUAUAAAUCAAUAACUGUAUUGGGUCGUACUAUUGUUGGAAGAACUCACGAACUAGCUAAUAAAAUUCUUAGAACAAUUGUCUUUCCCGUAUUACGAGACGACGAUGUGACUCGUGUAAUAAGGUACGAUCGGUUAAUAAUUCUAUAUGGAAAUAAACUUUGUUUGAAAUAUAGAUUGCAACACCAACACGACAUGAUAAGAUCUCGAUUACGGUUAUUAGGACGUUAUCUCAUAGCACUAAAAA